AAUCAUCCGUUUUUGACGUUUCAUUCAUGAAAGUGCAUGAAUGGUUAUUUUCCGGCCCGUUCAGCAGUGUAUUAAUUAUAAAUAAUUCAUCGAAAGAUAUGUAAAUUUCUUGUUCUUAUCAAUAGUUUUAAGUGGAGAAGGUCUCUUAUUGCCGCGUUGAAAGAUCACAGUAAUUGUGCAAUAAAACAACGCAAUACAAGUAAUAAAUUAGUACAAAGGGAAAUAAGUAUAAGUGCAGUUAUGUGUGAUAAAUUCAAGCUUCCUGCUCGAUAUGGUGCCGGUGAGAAGAGUGUAUGGGUUGAAUACAUCCAACUGGCAGCUGAGUACAAGCCAGCCGUAAAUCUUGGUCAAGGAUUUCCUGACUACCAUGCACCGGAACAUGUCACCAAAGCUCUUGCCAAUGUUGCCACGGGUGAAAACCCUUUGCUCAACCAAUAUACCAGAGGAUUUGGUCACCUAAGACUAGUACAAAAUCUGGCCAAACUCUACUCACCUUUGGUAGGUAAAGAAUUGGAUCCAAUUAAUGAAAUCUUAGUAACAUGUGGUGCAUAUGAAGCAUUGUUUUCUGCUAUCCUUGGUCAUGUGGAAGAAGGUGAUGAGGUGAUAGUAAUUGAGCCUUUCUUUGACUGCUACGAGUUUAUGAUCAAGACUGCGGGAGGCACACCUAAGUUUAUUGCUUUGAAACCUAAGCCCAGCAAAGGAGAAAUGACGUCAGCCGACUGGGUACUGGACGAGAAAGAACUAGCGUCUCUAUUCAACAGUCGAACCAAGAUGCUGAUACUGAACACGCCGCACAACCCAGUGGGGAAAGUUUUCACUGCACAGGAGCUGGACACUCUAGCGGCUCUGUGCAGAAAACACAAUGUGCUGUGCGUGUCUGAUGAGGUGUACGAGUGGAUGGUGUAUAAACCUCAUAAACAUAUUCGGAUAGCAACUUUACCCGGUAUGUGGGAGAGGACCAUCACAAUCGGCUCAGCCGGCAAAACAUUCUCCGUGACCGGCUGGAAGACGGGCUGGGCUUACGGACCGGCUAACCUUAUGAGAAAUUUGCAAGUUGUCCACCAGAACUGUGUCUACACUUGUGUCACUCCUAUACAAGAAGCAGUAGCGCGUUCGUUCGAGUUUGAACUGGCUCGGUACAACUCCCCGGAGUGCUACUUCUUCUCUUUGGCCGAGGAGCUGGUCUCCAAGAGGGACUAUCUUGUCAAAGUGUUGAAGGAUAACGGCUUCAGUCCCACUAUUCCUGAUGGAGGGUACUUUAUCAUGGCUGACUGGACUAAACUUGAGAAUAAAAUAGAUCUGAAACAGGAGCCAGACAAAUACAAAGACUAUCGCUUCACUAAGAAAUUCGCAAAAGAGGCAGGAAUCCUCACUAUACCACCGACUGCGUUCUACUCUGAAGGGCAUAAGGAUUUAGGAGAGAACUUUGCUCGAUUCUGUUUUAUUAAGAAAGACGAAAACCUUCAGCUGACUGCGAAACUACUAAAGGAGUGGAAUGCUAAGAAAAACUAGAUUAUAAAAUAAUCUAGUAUAUCUUGUGUUAUACAGGCUGGCACAAAAAGUGACUUACGAAUAUAACUCGUCCUAAUAAAGAAACGAAUCGAAAUGAAGCAUUGCUAAGAACUCCAUCUCACUCGCACAUUAUACAUAGAUACAAUGUGUAAAGUGAUAGGUAAUGAUUGGCGCCGCUAUUUUCGAUUUGUUUCUAAGAGGCUUUAUUUGUUUAAAAUAUACAAGGAUCUACAA